AACCCAAGCUGAGGACGUUAAUCAUUCAUGGGGCUGCUCACCGGGAAACCCUAACCCCAGCCCAGCGAGGCCAAGUGACCAACCAGGCCCCGCAUCCUUGAAAAUGCCAGGUGGCUGAAACCCCCACCCUGACCCCUCCGGCACAGUGCAAGCAAUGGGCCCCCCAGGACCCACCUCCUCUGACCGCACCUCCAUGCCCCAAAUCCAGCGUUCAAGGUCUCUCUUCCCCAAUUCCACACACCCUCUGCUCCAGCCAGGGUAGUACCCCACAAGGGGGCCGCAGUGGGCAAUUCAUUCCAUCCUUGCCCACCUCCCAGCCUCCGCCCAGAGUCUUCCUCUCAUCUGAGAGUCCUUCUCCUGUCCUCUCUUAGCUAAGUGCUGCCCUCGUCACACAGACGGGCUGAGUGAACCCUUCAACAAUGUCGCCCCCAUUUUACAGGCAAGGCUACCGAGGCUCGGAAGGCUGAUUUUGCUGGGUCUCCCAGCUCACCAGUGGGCGGAGCUGUAGUCUGAAGCUCAUUACAGCCACUGUGUCCUGGUACCCACCGUUGCUGAGAACAGUCCUCUUGGCCCAUCUGCCCUGGCCACACAGGGCAGAGGGCCCCGAUUAGGGCCUGGGCUGCCUCCCUCACUUAGCCUAAUCCGCCUCAGGGCCCCACCCCAGGCCAUGUGCUCUCAGGGGGCAUAAGCAGCUUUGUGGGCCCUGAGAGCCAAGGGUGCUUUCUCACGCUCUGUCUCCGAGCCCUGUCGCCUGUCUUCCCAUGGCCACAGAGCAGGUGAGGGGGCAGCAUGGCCCAGACCUUGGUCCCAGCCCCCAGAAGCCCCCUGUGGGGGUCUCAGCUCCCAGGAGCAGUGCUGAGGGGCAACCCUUGACCAGGAGGAGAAGCACAAGGGAGAGGGGGCUCCGAGGGCCCCAGAAAGGCGCUGACAGCUCUGGGAGGCAGACCCCCGUCCAGUGUCCCGAGGCCCCCGGGAGCAGCAAGCGGACCUCGAGCACAAGAGAAGGGCCAGAGGAGCCAGCCCCUGCAGCCCCGGGAGUGGCCUCUCGUCGCCAGUCCCACCGGCACCGCUCUGCCCCGCACCAUGACGCCGCUCAGAAGAUGUACGGGCCUCUGCUCAACCGUAUCUUCGGGAAGGACCGCAAGCUGGGCCCUGAGGAGCUGGAAGAGCUUCAGGCUGCCUUUGAGGAGUUCGACACUGACCGCGACGGCUACAUCGGCUACCGGGAGCUGGGCGCCUGCAUGCGGACACUGGGCUACAUGCCUACCGAGAUGGAGCUCAUCCAGGUCUCACAGCACGUCAAGAUGCGAAUGGGUGGCCUCGUGGACUUCGAGGAGUUUGUGGAACUGAUGGGCCCAAAGCUGAGGGAGGAGACGGCGCACAUGCUUGGGGUGCGGGAGCUCCGCAUCGCCUUCCGAGAGUUUGACAGGGACAAGGACGGACGGAUCACUGUGGCGGAGCUGCGACAGGCAGCGCCGGCCCUGCUGGGGGAGCCGCUGGUGGAUCCUGAGCUGGAUGAGAUGUUCCGAGACGUGGACCUCAAUGGCGACGGCACCGUAGACUUCGAUGAGUUUGUGAGGAUGCUCUUCACCCACUGAGGCUCCAGGCGGGACACUGCCUUGUCUCUCUGGCCCCAGGCAGAGAGACUGGCAGGGUCCCUGCUGCACACCCUCCCCCCAAGACCCCAGGAUGAAAGAGACCAGCAGCCCGAAGCUUCUCCUGCCUCUGACAACACCCAGCUGGAGCACUGGCUUGUGAUGGCACCUGUCCACUCGCACCUUAGCCUCCUUCCUUCCCGGAGAAAGGAGGUUCCAGGAGAAAAGCAACAGUCAACUGCCCAUCAUCGCCCAGUGAGAGCAAGAUUUGGAUCUCUGCAGCCCCUCGGGAGGGAGGGAGCCACCCAGCACUGGCAGCAUUCAAAAACGGGGGUUGGGGGAGAGAGGGCUCUGGAAGGGACCCCUCCCACUACUUAAGCAUAAAAAAAAUACAUAUUUUGAAGUUGAACUCGAGCCCUGACUUGUGUGGCUCAGUUGAUUGGGCAGCAUCCUGCAAAGCGAAAGGUCACCGGUUCUAUUGCCAGUCAGGGCACGUGCCCGGUUGCGGGUUCCGUCCCCAGUCGGGUGCAUAAGAGAGGCAACCGAUCUAUGUUUCUCUCCCUCUCUUUCUCUCUCCCUUCUCCUCUCUUCAAAAAUAAACAAAUAAAAUAUUUUUAAAA